GCAGGUGACGGCCGUGCUCUGCGGCGGCGGCUGCGUCAUGCUGGCCGUCGGCGCGCUCGCGUCACUGGUGCACGGCUUCCUCAGCACGCACCGCUGGCGGCGGCGCGCCUCCGUCAUCGCCGCCUACAUCCAGGCGACGGCAGUGGUGCCGUCGCUGCUGGGCGUGAUCCUGUACCCGCUGGGGUUGGGGUGCUCGUUCGUGCGAACCGAGUGCGGCCCCAGUUCCACCGUCUACAGUCCCGGUCACUGCGAGAUCGCCUGGGGCCUGGUGCUCUUCAUCUUUACUCUGCUCGUCAGCAUCUACUGCCCCAUCCUGGCGCGCUUCACCGUCGUCAAGGAGUACAUGCCCGAGUACUAUUCCAACCUGAACUAUUUGUAGUGCGGCCGUGUCAUUCAUCUGAGCAGCUCGCGCUGUUUGUGAGUUGCGCACGCCGGGCACGGACGCUAAUCCUAUUCGUGUGUUCAUAAAUCGGUCGGCCUGACUGGGCGCAGGCGCCGGCGGAAUUAAUUCUCCUGCGACUGCUCGCAAGGCGUGAGAAAUGGUUCGAAGGCUGUCGGCAAGUUUUGAAAUCUCCGUCGUUAAUCGUUUGCGCCGUCUCUGGUUUUUAUCCGUGGCUCUGUCGGCCACUGAAGUGGCAGAGAGUGAUGGAAGUCGGCUGGCGAGACCGAGAUGCGGGGCUUCGCAGGGCGGCCGGCGACCUGCGCCGAGCCAAGGUCGAGAGCGGAAUGAGUGUGCUGGUUUGGUGUGGUGAUUCGAGGAGCGCGCGGUGGGCUUGCUGUAAGCGUUGCUCACCUGAAUGUUUUACACAAGUAUUGGUCCUGAUUAUGACACUAAGUGAGUUGGACGCGUCAAAAGCCAGUGGAUUCCACAUACUUGUGAGUUCGUGUGUAUCAUGUACUCUGAUGCCAGCUUGCCCCGACUUCUCAAAUGUGUUCAUGAUUGCUGGGCUCUCAUCCCUGUGUACAUAACAGGCGUGACUUUGUACUUAAGUCAAAGAAGGCCGGCUCUCUGCAAUGCGUAUGCAAUCUGCCGUGCAAUAUUUGUGCAAUUGAGCAGAAUAAAUGUCCAUCGAUUGGAAAUGGUGGCGGUAGUUUACAGCUGACUGCACAGCUGUUUGGUGUGAAUCAGAGCUAAUGAUCAACUCAUCACGCUGUCUGAAGCAGCGCAGAGGCCCUGCUGGGAAGCAGAUGUGACGGCAGCCUGAUAACUGCCUCUGGUUGGCUGUAUAUUCGCAUGUGUUAUGUUUCGCCGGUCGCAACAGACUCAUGCUCCUCAAUUAUCGCUGCUGAUCUCUGGAUUACCAUUCUGCUUGUGACCUUAAACCGUUAUGGAAAGCCAGAAGAGUUGAUCAGGGACCAUGAAGCGUAAACAACUAUGGCACAGCCCGAUUAUCUUGACAGCCGCCGAUA